GAAAUUUCGGAGGAUAUAAUAAACACCUCUUUCCCGUCCUAUGAAAAUCAGGCUCCUUUUCAGACUGCCGGCAUGGUUUUUUUUAAUGUGCCCUCUCUGCUUCAGGAAAGGGUUUCUCGGCAGAAUUCGCCUUAUCCGGGAAGUGCUACGAUCGGUCAAUGACUAUCGUGCUUCAUUCAACCUGAGAGGAACAGGUGUUCGUUCGAGCCAUACCAAAAUACCCGAAAUCUCUGCUGAUUUGGUCUCAGUUUGUCAUGGUUCGUCAGGCCCAGGGAGGCGUGGUGAUAUGCGGUGGCCGUCGGAUAUGCAAUGGGAAUUCAAAUUGUCCCCAUUUGCUUGUUCCCCUCUGCCCUGGAAUUUCCAACGAUAUCCUUGGUGGCUUGUAUAUGCCAUCUAAACUGUGGCGGCGAUAUUCCGAUAUGCAUUUUCAAAUAUGUGGUUUACAAGGCCCUAUCAUAGAGCUCUUCUGGUGGGAUGUUUUUAUGCGCCUGCAAUCGCCGUAAACGAUGCAAAAUGGUAGGCGCGUUUGAAGAACUGUAACCGUCUAUCCUUCCCGUUACCUCAGUCCACAAGAAAAAUAUAAAAUAAAUAAAAAAUAAAAAAGGGGGACAAAGAACGAAAU